AUGGCGGACUCCGCUUUGAUGGGUCAAGAAAACGAUGACGCAAAGGAGGUUGUGCGCCAGCAGCGUACACUGAAGCGGAAGAAGGAUGGCUUGCGGAAGUUGGAUAAAAGGAUGAGGUCUGUGAAGACAGAUAGUCCGGAGUAUAGUGCUCUCGUGGAGGAGAGCAAGGCGCUUGCAGCGGAGGUUGCUGCGAUGGAGGCGACGCUUGGAGUUUCCACUGUUGUUGUGCGGGAUGCUUCAACUGCGCCACCCGAUGCUCCCACCAUCUCUGGUGGUGCUCCUGCGGAAAAGACAUCCGCGACGGGCUUGGCGCAGUCAGCGGCCUCCGCGCGUUCUCCUUCUGGAGCAGUCUCUCAUGGAGAAAGUCAGGUGCGGCGUGGGGCCAACCCAAGAAAACCAGAGAGGAGUGAACGCAAAGAUGCUUUGGCCAAGGCUAGCACGGAGGGGGAAAGGACGGCGACGAGAGCAAAAAAACUGCAGAGCCAGCCCAACACGUCUUCACCCGCCGACAAGCGAACGUCCGAUGCGGUCGAUGUUGUGCAACCUGGUGAAUCCGUUAUAGAAAGUACUCUUUCUGGGACACAGUGCCCUCUGUUUCCAGAAAUGCCUUUUCAACCGCCUUGCAGCAGCGAGCUGGUACAUUAUCAGGUCGCUGAGUUGGCUCUGAUGAUGGAGUCUAUGGUGAUUGUUGGUGGCAACGCGCGGACCCUUGCCAUGAUUCAGGCGUUUAAGUCCCUUCUUCAGACGACGCCUGUUCUCUCGGGUCCUUCUCUUCGCGACGUAAAUUCAAAGGUUUUUGAAGAAUUAAUUGAUGAGAACUUUAACUUUCUUCGUCGUGGUCGCGAGCCAUCCACAGGUAUGACAUACGUCAAGGAGGUUUUGGUCCGUCGUGUUGCUGCACUUCUCUCUUCAGGAGGGGACUUUAGAGUUUCCGAAGAUGGAUCCUUUAUCCCGUUGGAAAAGGAGAAAAAACAAGGGGCCCUUGAGGUUACUGAAUCUCCUCUCACUCUCAGUAGUGAAGUGGAGAAUAGCUUGCUUGCCGGUGAUCCGCGGGAGGUGUCAUUGAAAGUAUUAGCUGGUAUUGAAAAGGAAUUAAGGCUGUCCAUCAAGAGCAUCGUGGAGGAUCGUUCUAUUCCCCUGAUCUCUUCCAAUGAUACCAUCAUGGUUUUUGGGAGGAGCAGUACGGUAGAACUUAUUCUUCUUGGUGCCGCCAAUAAUCCUCGACUGGGAGUUAAACCGAGGGUUAUCGUGGUGGAUGCUGCUCCACUUUAUGAGGGCCGAGCCCUUGCGAAGCGUCUUACAACCAGUGGUCUCAGUGUGACUUAUGGUCUUAUUACAAGUUGCUGCACUCUUAUGCCACAUUGCACCCGAGUCUUCAUUGGCGCAGCAGCAGUCCUGCAAAAUGGAGAUGUCUUUAGCCGCUGUGGCACCGCCGUGGUCGUUGCCAGCGCAAAGCAAUACCGUAAACCCGUUUUAUGCUUUAGUGAGAGUUUCAAAUUUAUAUCGGAGGUUUGGCUUGGCAACCUUGGGCAAAAUACACAAUUGCAAUUCUCACAGUCUCUUCCAGGCGAUCACCGGAUCCGAAGCCCCGGUGGAAUGAGCCCUCCAAGACAUCAGAAUCGUGAGAUCAAUGAACAACCGUUUGGCCGCAGCAAUGAUGGGCUGCCCAUGCAGUCAAAUGCUAGUUCUGCCUCCGGCUAUUUGUAUGAUCUCACACCCGCAGCUUUCAUCGACAUGAUUAUCUGUGAGAUGGGUUGCCUGGAUACAUCUGCCAUUGUCGCAGCGCUACGGGAUCGUGAAGACAGGGAUGCGUGCCUCAUGUCUGUAGCGUAA